CGCGGAGAAGGUUCACAGAAGCGAGGUAGCGCGGACGGUUUAGUGCUUUGGUUGCGUACGAAAACCUUGAGUAUAUAGAUUUGAGAACGUAUCCUGCGAGAAAAUUGGACUCGCCGAUAUAUAAAACAGUUCUCGCGUUCCAAGUGGAAGGUACAACAACACCGAUUGUUUCAAGGAGGAUCGGGUUAAUUCUAAUCGUUUAUCGAAGUGGGAAUACGCGAAAUUACGCCGCAGCUAACAAACACUACGAAUCGAUCGGACGUCCUAGCGACCGCAUUCUGCUAUAUACUGCAGUAUCGUACAAAAUAUACUAUUCCAGAAGGUUCCGAUUCAUUAUAUAUUUCGAUUGUGCGGUCGUUUUCUGCGCAAAUUCGGUGUGCAUCGCAACGUUACACAGACGAAUAUACGGUAACGUGAACCGGUUUGCAAAAUUCAGUCACAUGCGUUGAUGCUGCGUGUUACGUAACGAGGUAUCCAAAAUCCCUCCUAUUUACGAACGCUCAACGACCAGCAACAUUUCAUUUGAGAAAGGAGGCGUGUUUAACGAAUCAAAGCCAUGCAAUCGCCAGCCGCGUCUGUCAUUUGCUUCUCGUGGCGUGAGAUCGUGGCCACCGGAGGAAGAAUCUACAAAAAUGGAUACAAUUCCUUUGUUAACCCCAACCAUGGAGUCAGAAUUGCUAAACGAGCCCUGGAUAUUUCCACAGUCAAAGAUCAAUGCAACAAAAGAAGACGAGAAAGCAGCAUCCUCCACAUGGGAGGAAAACUUUCAGGAUUUAAGCGAUUGGUGCAUGGACCCGUUCCAGGGUCAAUGCGAUUUUCAUACAGGUGAAUCACCUACUUUUAAACUAUCAGGUACGAAAUACGAGGGUAAUAGCGUUUUGUCUUCAGAAGAGGGGGUAUUGAAAGAUUUGAUGAGUGUAGCAGAAGAAGAUAAGUGGAGCAUGAAAAUGAGUACUGCUAAGACAACCGAACAUUCGAAUAACAGUUGCCAGAGUUUGCAAUCUACAUCAAAUGUAACUAGUAAAUACGAGAAAAAAAAUAGUUCAACAGAAUCAAACACAUCUAACUUGUGGUUAAAGUUAUCUAAAGGAUCAACAACUACUGUAAAUACAAGCUCAUGGAGCAAACAGAGUGAUACAGAUGUUAGUACAUCAUUCCAAUCCAAAUAUCAGAUAGAGGACAUUGAUUUGAACGAUGCUUGCCCGUCUUCUUUCGAUUCCACUGAGAAUCAACGUGAAACGUGGGACGUGUUACGAACAGUCGAGACUACUGGAUCGGAUACGUUCGAUUUAUUGUCGUAUCUUUGCGAUGAUGAAAUGCAUUCUCCAGAAGGUAGCGUUUCAACAGAUUCUUCAAUAGUAUCGAAACCAUGGUCAUCCUCCAAAUCAUCCAAAACUAUUCCACAAACUAGCGUAAAAGUGAAAACGGAAAGUAAUGAUACUCUCACCCCACAAUGUAUGAAAACUCGAACAGCAGCAUCGACGAUAACUUCAUCUUCUACAGAUACGCCUGUGGUAUCAACGCGGAGGACAGAACGAACGAGAAUAUCUGCUACUAAUAAAAUAGAAAAACCUUACAGUCGAACGCGACGAGAGAGAUCGGUGAGAAAACGUUACGCCGAAAGCGAUUCAGACGAUCGUACGUUUGCUUCGCAUUAUCGAGAAUCACGAGAGAAGAAUAACGAAGCUUCGAGGAAAUCACGAAUGAACAAGAAAGCGAAAGAAACUGAAAUGGCGAAGAAAGCGAUAGAAUUGGAACGAGAUAAUAGGAUAUUGAAAAUGAAGGUCGAGGAACUCGAAAAACUCGUUACAUCGAUGCGCAGUGCGUUACUGAGAUCCGCUUUGAAGAAAGAAAUAUAAUAAGCGUUUCUUGUUUUAAAAAUUCAUUAUGCGCUGGGAAUCGCGUAAGAUAAUUUUAUCAUUUCUUUUCUGAAUAAUAUAUAUGUUUUGUGAUAUAAGAGGAGAAAAUCAUGCAUUAUUUUCAUCUAUAUUGCUAAGAUUAUUAAUGUGAGGAAUGAUUUCAAAUUGUUAUAUGUUGAAUGAAUUCUCUUAUUUUUAUUUAUCGUUUGAAAAAAAUUAUUGAAUUCUAUUAUAUAUAUAGAUAUAUACAUAUAUCAUUAUCAUUCGCAGGAAAGAUAUAUUAUGUUAACAUUCUAUGUAAAUGUUUAUUACAUAAUGUUUGUGUUUGUUUUUUUUUUCAAAGAUCUUGUGUAUAAUUAUAUUUUAUAUAUAAUGCUUAUAUUGAAAUCUGAAUACUGUUCAUAUAAUUGUAGUGAACGACAAGCAAAAAAUGGGAUAAAAAGAUAGAAGAAAAUGAAUAACUUCUAGUGGUAUCCUUUUUAUAACAAAAAAAAAAAAAAAGAAAAGAAAGAAAGAUACAUAAUCAUAUUUUGUUCAGCCUUGUAUUGUACCUGAUAAAAAUAGAGGUCAGAACAAGAUAAAUUAUGUUUGGUAAAAAUAUAAUUUUUCUACUGGCGUGGGCACAAUAGUGGCAUGAUGUACAAUUAAUCUUCGAAUAAAGAACAUGCUUCAAAAUCUA